AUGGCCGAACUUGUUCCAUAUUUCGAUGGCAUGCAGCAAGGACAGGGAUACAAUACCUACCUUCAACAAAUUGGUGUAGCAGAUGCUGUCACCAUCACUCCGGGCCAACCGGAGUCCGUCACCUAUGACCUCUUCUAUAGUAGUGAAAGGAUAAAUGAUUACACAAAACUUGCGCAGUCCUUGGAGAUAAGUGCUGGCGCUGCUAUUUCCGGCUGGGGACAGUCCUCCCAAAUCGACGCUGGCUAUCUUGAUCGGCUAAGUUUUGAAAGCAGUACGGUGACCUAUCAAGUCCAGGUGUCAUCCAGACAGCAGGCAUCAAUCGGGAAUUCGUACUCGUUUAAUCAAAUAAACACCGAUACUCCGAAUAAGUUGUACGGAGACCGUUUUAUUGCAGAUUUCAUUCGAGGUGGCCAAUACUUUGCUCGCGUCUCCAUUUCCGCAGUCAACAAAUCCACCAGUCAAGAGAUCAGGCAGGCCUCAGAGGUUGCUUUUUCAAUGUACGGAGUCACCGGCUCUGUCACAAACGAAGUGAGAAGUGCCGUGGAGACAAUCAACAGACACUCUCGCGUCACAGUCUGGAUCCAUACCUCUGGAGGCGGAGGCCGAUCUGGAGUUAUUCACGCAGAACCCCACGACGGUGAAGACUCGCCUCUUUUUGCGAUCAAGGAGGGCGCAGAUAACUUCUACCAGGAGUUGAGGGAGGGAAAGCAUAGAUAUAGACGAUUUGCACUUCUGUGGAGAUACACCAACGUGCCGAAUUUCAACAAUGCAUUCACGCCUUUUGACUAUACUUUUGCCAAUCAGAGAAGCUGGUACCUAUUCGAAGACUUUACGCAGUACGACGCGUACCUUGAGCUUGUCAGGAAGAUCCCUGUUUCAAAGUUCAUCAACGGCAGAGAGCAACAGGCCGAGCUGUACGAAGAAGGGGCCAACAUACUCUCCGUGAUCCGCACCAAAGUUCAAGCCAUCAACGAAAACCCCGAAGAAAUAAACUCCCCAAUCUCAUAUCCCAUUCCAGAGGACUACAAGAAACUAGUCCUACUGGCCAUCAGAACAGUAACCAUGAUCGCCCAAGAACGAACUCUCGACAACGGCAGCUUCAGCGACAUCGCACUCCCAACCCUCCAAGGCAACGCCCGCACACUCUUCAAAUUCCAGACCUACGACUUCGACACCGGGUUCGGAAACACGGUUGUUUCCUUCGGAAGACAGGGUACAUCAUUCGUAUGUCUAAGCGGCCAGCGCGUAUCCGACGGAUAUCAGGAAGAAAGCGUCUUCUGGGCAUUUGAAGACCCGGUUGAAGAGGUCUCGGAGCAACAGGUUCAUGUGGCGACCUAUAGCUAG